CAACUAUGGAUUCAGAUCAACCCAGCACAGAGGACGGAAUCAACGACGCUGUGGCGACGACGCUGACGGAGAUGACGGCAGUGGACGAUACUCCAGCCACGGCAACACCAGACUGUGCAGCCGAGCAAGCACUGACCACGCUAUCGGAAUUGUCUGUGAUUGAGAGCAGCAGCAGCAGUUCCACUGGGGACUUCGACGCAGCCCCCCUGCCGCCACCACCUCCUCCUAUAACGACGACGAAUUCUCAUCCGAGUAGAGGCAGUAGCAGCAGGAACCCUGACCUUGGAAUCGAGAUUCCACCACGCGACGUGGACGAGACGUCGGGGUUGUCGGAAGAAUGCUCCCCUGGGAGCAACGCCGCCAGUCCUCUGCCUGUUGUCGUGGGCGGACGCCGACGAAGCGAGGAGACAGGGUCGAGUACGAAGCUCCCGGCGGUGGCGACACGAGAGGGCAGCGGCCGCGGCGAACGAAAGGACCGACGCGCCAGCACCAGCGCCGUCGAGUUUGCUCGCGAACACAUCCAGAGUUUCGAGCAUAAUUUGGGCCGCGGCCAUUUCUUCUCGUCGUUGGCAACGAGUUUAUCUGUCCACAGCACCAGCAGCGGUACGAAGCCAUCCGCGGUGGCGUCACCAAGUGGCGGCACCAUCUUACGGCAAGGCUGGCUCAUGAAGCGAGGCGGCGUCGUGCCGGCGUGGCGGAAGCGGUGGUUCACAUUGGAACACAGUGCCGACGGCCCAACCCUGACCUACGGCAAAGACCAACAUAAAGCAUCCCCGACCAAGUCUGGCAAAGCGUCGAGCUUGAAAACGAUCAAGUUGUCGGCCAGCACGCAAUGCGCGGUCGUGCCAACGAAGAAGGAUCGCGAAUUCGAGUUCAAACUGUCGACGUCGGUGGAUGUGGCGCAGCGCGAGUACUUUAUCCAAGCCAUGUCUGGCGUCGAGAUGAAUGCGUGGAUGGCGGCGAUCAAGGGCGCGAUCUAUGACUGCCAAACGCUGGCAUUUGACGAAUUGAGCGAAAUGCGAUCGUUCUGGGACAAGGCGGGCAUCCACGGCUUCCUCGUUCACUACGGCGUCCGAAAGAGCAGCGGCCGCAACCACGUCCAGACGCGCGUGCUCGAGCUCAACUUUGCCGAAAGCGUCGUGAUCAACACCAAGCGCGGCGAGUCGUUGACGACGCUCACGUUUUCGCAGCUCCGCCAGGUCAAUUUGCUGCCGCCAGAAUUGGAAAAAGGCUGGGGAUACGGCGUCGAGCUUCUCUGGGACGCGCAUCGGUCGUGGCCGUGCUACUUGGAGACGGAAAGCGCAAGGGAUGACUUGUGCGGGCUGUUGCAACACAUUCUAGACCUUCGCACGGCGGGGGGAGCGCCGGGGGGCGGAGUCUCCCCCGACGAAUUGGGUAAACGCUUUGCCCAACUUACGCUCAAAACAGGCACGUUGGACCGCAAGAACGGCUCGCACAACGCAACCAUCAAAGGCCGAUUCCACGUCAAACUGCACGAAGCGUUCUUGGCCUUCUUCCCCGAAGCUGGGCCGUACGUACGUCCGUGGUUUGUGCUGCCGCUGCGAGGGUUGGCCCCCCUGACGCUAGACGCAGAUCGAUGCAUGAUCACCCUCGGGCGGCAUGUGCUCGUGGCCGAUUCCACCGCGGAAGCCAAGUCCUGGUACAACGCGCUGGUUGCCGCGAGUGUGCUGCCAAAGGAAAUCAUCGACGCCGAGAUGGACAAGCGCGACAAGAUCCGACGCACGACGCUGCGCACGGUGCUCAAGCUGCGCAAACUGCUCAAAGCCAAAGUCCAGGCCGAGAGCCACGGCCCCCCGGAAGACCACAAGCUGAUUGACGUGAUGCUGCGCCAGCUGUGGCGACUCGUGUUUCCAGAGGAGCCAUAUGUAUCCAACACGGACGUGCGGUGGCAAGAGAUUGGGUUUCAGCGGGGCGGGCCAGCGUCCGACUUGCGCUCCAGCGGACUCUUGGGGCUGCACUGCUUGAUCUACUUUAUCAAGCACCACCCCAAGGUCACGAACGCCACGAUGAAUCGUAUUCGUUUUGGCGUGAGCGACGGCAACCUCAAGAACUAUCCAUUUGCCAUCGCAUGCAUCAACGUGGUGGCGACGCUCGUGGAGAUGCUGGGGCUGGGCGACGCCGGGUCUCACACGGACGGGUGCAGUGUGCUCGCGCCCAAGACAUUUGUGGUGCUCGUGGCCAACGAAGUGGACAAGCACGGCGACAGCAUGCUCAUGCGCAAGUCCAUGUACGGCCACAUUGGCCAGUACGAAUCCUGGGACGAAUUGAGCGGCGACUCGAUCAACUCUGUGUUUGAAGAUCUGUUUUGCCUCGUCUUUCCAAUCCUGGACCGGUUGUUUGUCGAGAUGGGCGCGGUGCGUGCGUUGUUGAAAUAUAUAUAUAUUUAGUUUUUGACGAUACUGGUGAUGGUGAUAUAUAUAUAUAUGUGUAUGUGUGAGUAGGGAUACAUGGAGUUUGGCCAAGUGCUGGUGGCAUUUCGGCGUCGAUUGGGCGUGAUGUUCAACAAGGAGCCGCAGACGUUCCACGCGCUGCAGCUUCUAGCCAAUGAACCCAUCACGGAAACCCUCGUGGCGCCCAGCAUCAUUUCCAAACACGUGCAUUGAUCACAUGAUUGAAAGGAUAGUGAAGGCGGCGGUAUUCGUUGCCGGUACAACAGCAUGGGAUACCCAACAAUGAUGCCUCGUUACUGUGUGUAGUUUGCUAAGGAAAUUGAGUGACAAAUACUAGUUCGUUUUUACUCUUGA